AUGGCUUCUGAAACCGAGACCAAGGCCACACGGCCGCGCGUCUUCUUCGACAUCACUCUGGGUGGCAAGCCUCUUGGCCGCAUCAACAUGGAGCUGUACUCGGACCUGGUCCCCAAGACAGUCGAGAACUUCCGUGCUCUUUGCACUGGCGAAAAGGGCCUGGGCAAGUCUGGCAAGCCUCUGCACUACAAGGGCUCUUCUUUCCACCGAGUGAUCAAGCAGUUUAUGAUUCAGGGCGGUGAUUUCACAGCUGGAGACGGCACUGGCGGCGAGUCCAUCUACGGAGCCAAGUUCGAGGACGAGGCCUUCCCCAAGAAGCACGAGAAGCCAUUCCUUCUGUCAAUGGCAAACGCUGGCCCCAACACCAACGGCUCUCAAUUCUUCAUCACCACCGUCCCCACGCCGCAUCUGGAUGGUAAGCACGUGGUCUUUGGCGAAGUCCUCAACGGCAAAUCCGUCGUCCGCCAGAUCGAAAACGUCCGCACCGAGGCCGGCGACCGACCCUCGAAAGACGCCGUCAUCGCCGACUGUGGCGAGCUCUCCGGAGACGAAGCCCUCAGCGCUGAUGUCAAGCAGCCUGAUGCCCUCGGCGACCCCCACGAAGACUUCCCCGAGGACUGCUCUUCGCCUCCUGACGCCCCGACCACCUACAAGAUUGCCUCCGACUGCAAAGAUUUCGGUAACAAGGCUUUCAAGGCAGGUAACCUUACCCUUGGUCUCGAAAAGUACGAAAAGGGUCUGCGAUACAUCAACGAGGAGCCGGAGCUGGAUGGCUGGCCUGAAGGCAAGGUCCAGCUCGAUGCCCUGCGCUUCUCUCUCAACAACAACUCUGCUCUCCUGCACAUAAAGCUGGAGGCCUGGGCCGAUGCUGUCCGCAGCGCCACCGCCGCUCUCGCCGUCAACGGCAUCGCCCCUGCAGACCGUGCAAAGGCUUUCUACCGACGUGGCUUCGCCAACGUGCGCCAAAAAGACGAGGAAGAGGCCCUAAGAGACCUUGAAGAGGCGCACAAGCUGGCCCCCACUGACUCUGCCAUCAUUAAUGAGCUGAAUACCGUACGAUCAAAGGCCGCUGCUCGGGCAGCCAAAGAGAAGGCUGCGUAUAAGAAGUUUUUUCAGUAA